UUUAUUACAGCCUGUCAAAAGCGCGAGCUGAAGAUGACAAGCAGGACGGCACCGCCAUAAUGCUCGCGCUGGGACCAUAACAAACCCCCCCUCUCUCAACGCCCCCCGCCACCUCUAAACAACACAGCACUACACUACACUACGCGCGUGCCACGGGCGCCCUUUUUUUUUUUUAGGGGGGGGCCCAGCGGAUUCUCAGAUUUUCAGAUGGACGGCGUUGCCCCAUUCCAGCGGAGCGCACGAGCGGAGCCGUGACCGCGCGCGAGCUCAUCAGCCUGAAGGAGGAGAAGCGGAGAAGCGGAUGGCUGCGCCAGUGUGAUUUUUUUGUUGCUGUUUUUUAUUUUUAUUCCUUUUUUCGCCAGCUCUUCUUUUUCUCCCCUUUCGCUUCUUUCUUUACCCCCCCUCCCUCGCCGUUUCGCCGCGCGCGCACAGCCCCUCGUCCUCCUUUUUCCCCCAUGAAAAACAACCUUUGGAGCGCGCCUCCUCCUCCUCCUCCUCCUGCGAUGAUCAUGGCGAGCAAAAGCGCGGAGUGGCUGCAGGAGGAGCUCGAGGCCGGCGCGCGCUCCCUGCUCCUGCUCGACUGCCGGGCGCACGAGCUCUACGAGUCGUCGCACAUCGAGUCGGCCAUCAACCUGGCCAUCCCGGGCCUGAUGCUGCGCCGCCUGAAGAAGGGCAACCUGCCCAUCCGCUCCAUCAUCCCCAACAACGAGGACAAGGAGCGCUUCGCCAAGCGCUGCAGGACGGACACCGUGCUGCUCUACGACGAGGCCACCGCAGACUGGCCCGAGAGCGGCGCGGGGGGAUCCGUGCUCGGCUUGCUCAUGCAGAAGCUGCGGGACGACGGCUGCAAGGCGUAUUACCUGGAAGGAGGAUUUAACAAGUUUCAGACGGAGUAUCCGGAGCACUGCGAGACCAACCUGGACUGUUCCUGCCCAAGCAGCUCCCCGCCCGCUUCUGUUUUGGGCCUGGGAGGACUACGGAUCAGUUCGGACUGUUCUGACGGAGAAUCGGACAGGGAGCCAAGCAGCGCCACCGAGUCAGAAGGCAGCCCCUUACCCAACAACCAGCCACCUUUCCCCGUCCAAAUCCUCCCAUACCUUUACUUGGGCUGUGCCAAAGACUCCACCAACCUGGACGUUUUGGGCAAGUACAACAUCAAGUACAUCCUUAACGUGACUCCCAACCUGCCCAACAUGUUCGAGCACGACGGGGAAUUCAAGUACAAACAGAUUCCCAUCUCGGAUCACUGGAGCCAAAACCUGUCACAGUUUUUCCCCGAGGCCAUUUCUUUCAUAGAUGAAGCUCGUUCCAAAAAGUGCGGUAUACUGGUGCACUGCCUGGCCGGCAUCAGCCGCUCGGUCACGGUGACGGUGGCCUACCUGAUGCAGAAGCUCAACCUGUCGCUGAACGAUGCCUAUGACUUCGUCAAGCGCAAGAAGUCCAACAUCUCACCCAACUUCAACUUCAUGGGGCAGCUUUUGGACUUUGAGAGGACGCUGGGACUCAACAGCCCCUGCGACAACCGCUCGCCCAACGACCAGCUCUUCUUCACCACGCCGACCAAUCACAACGUGUUCCAACUGGAUACGCUGGAGUCCACAUGAGGGUGGGCUGGGCGGGCUUCGGCGGUGGGGAGCACCCACCCCUUCGUCUUUUUUGCGACGUUCGCCUCCCGACAUGCGGGGAAGCGCCGACAAGCCGGUGAGGCGAGGAGAGGGACGCAGGGCGGUGAAGACCCCCUGGGAUAGCUGACCGCACGGAGGCUGACCUGAGGAGAGCCCUGCUGCCAUACUGGUGGUUUUUGAUGCAGCUUCUUCUUGCCUUUCUGGAAAAGACUGUUGUUUAUGUUUUUCUUUUUUUGUCUCGGAACCACGUACAAAGACACCCCCCCCCCCAGCGUUUUUAUCCAAACCUCCUGUCUUGACGGGUGCCAAUCUGGAGGGGCAAAGGAGGUGGUCUCGCUCUACGUGAAUGUAGGGUUUGCACAGUCUGUUCGUGUAUGUACAUCAGGUUGUAUAUUUGUAAGCACUCACAAACCAAGUGGUUCUAGAUUGUAUCCGACCAACAGAGAAACGAACAUUGUUCUUAAUAGGAACAUUAUUUUUCUUCUUUUCGUUUGUAAUGACCUAAUGCGGUUUGCACAGUGGUGAAGCCUUUCACUUCUUGGCACUUAAAAAAAAGAAACAACAAACAAAACUGGUACUCCAACACAACAAAUAAAGAGACAUUCAGAGGUCGUCCGGCCUGUUCGAGGCUGCAGCUGCGCGGGGCGUCUCGGGCUGGACCGGCUGGAGCGCUCUUACUCGAAACUGGGUUUUUUUGUAAUCCUCGAGUCCCCGCUUCCUUAACGAAAGUGUUUUUUCUUGGGUCGACUCACCCUCAGGCCUUGGUGAUAAGUACAGAAUGAGUAUGAGCAUAUUCUAUUACAUUUUAAAUAAGUAUAACUUCACCGUAUGUAUUUGAGCAUGGAGUCCUGGUUCUUAACCUGGCGGGUUUUAUGGGAAACCGAAUGUUUAGAACUGUUUUUUUAACUCGUAUCGCUGCCCUCAGGUCACCUGGGGGGGCGUACAGUGCGCAGGGGGAGCUUCUGGCAACAGAAGCGUUCGAUUUGGAAUUGAACGGACACGCGCUCGAGUUCGCAGGGUUGCUUUAAGCUGGCCUUAUAUAACCUUUUUAAUCCUUUUCCUAUUCUGACUGUUCAGUACUAUUUGUAUCUCACUUUAGAAAUCGUUGUAUGAAAUUUAAGAUAAAGGACGUCCGUUCGUUCGUUCGUUUUUAAACAAAAUCGAUAUGUAGUAAUAAUGGACAACUAAUGGUCUUUAACGGGUCAGUCGAGGUUGUAUUUGUUACUCUCUGCAAUAUAUAUAUAUAUAUAUACAUACAUAUAUAUAUGAACACCCUUUGCAGUAUUUUCUAGGAAAACUAUACAAAAACAAAAAAAUGAAAAAAAAAGGCCUUGGGUUUUUAAUUCCUCUACUUUUUCUACUCGUAUUCCACGGAAAUACAGCUUGCUUUGGAACUGAGGUAGCUUUUCACCUGGGGUGUCCAUUUAUAUGCUACAUGAUAACUUUCUGUUCCAGCAGACCAUCCGGUUCUGGUUCUGGUUCUGGUUCUGUUCUGUUAACCCCACACGUGCUAUUCCUGUGGCCUUUCAAUGUAUUUCAAUACUUAUAUAUAUACAUAUAUAUAAUAUUUGAGAAGAUAUGCAACAGUCUCCUCCAGAAUAUUAUCACAGAGGAUGACCAUUUUCUCGUGCUUGAAAAUUGACUUCGUCUGUUAGAUGUCUGGUCACAAGGAAGAAAAAAGAAGAGAGAAAUAAAAGCACCCUAGGAUUGAAAUGUAUUUCAGUGCGGAGCUUUUCGUUUUUCGUUUGUUUUUAUAAAUUUAAAUGUAAAUCCUUGAUUUCAAGCUGCUUCUCGUGGAGGAAUGUUUGUGUUCUCUGUAACGACGGGGGAAAUGUUUCUUUCUCUGUCUGUUUAUCGCCAGAACACAGGAAGAGUGCUUUCUGUGGAAAAAAAACUUUUCUUGUAGCUACACCUUGGUAAGAGGCAGCGUUUAAAGAAAGUGAGAGAGAGAGCGAGCAUGCAAGGGAGUGAGAGAGAGAGAGAGAGAGAGAGAGAGAAUGAAUAACAAAAAUGUAUAUCUUACCUCACUGAGGAAUUUUUCAGGGAUUUUUUGACAAUGCAUCUGCAUCGUGUUACAGCUUCGAAUACAUGACGAAUAGCUGUUUUAUAUGUGCUGUAUACAUUUUUUUAAAAGAUGCAAUCUAUAUAUGUGUAUAAAACUGGGCUUGGUAACAGGGCAGUUCAAUUUUCUGAUUUAUGAAGGAUAUAAAAUUGUCCGUAUGUAUUGUAUAGUCUAUGGAAAGAACACACAACAAGACAUGUUUAUACUGCAAAUAAAUAUUGAAUUAUUUUUUUGGUUAACUA